AAUUGUAUAGUUUUCUCUCUCACGAUCGACGUGAAUCUUUUACUGCCUCCAUCGCCGUCUCCACCACCGCCGCCGUCGUUGAGCACAAUGUCACAAAACGUGCCAUUGUCAAUAGCAGAGGAAACAGAGUCCCCGCCGCAAAAGAAACAUAAGAUCAAAGAAGGUGAUGAGAAGAUCGGUGGUAACGUAACUUCCAUUGAUGAUGGCAUGAAUGUAGAGGAUGAUGAUAGUUGUAGCGAGUAUGAUUCGGAGGAAGAUUAUUGCCCAAAUGGCACAGAGAAAAUGGAUAAAGCUCUCUGGGAGAAGUACUACAGACAGGUUCGGGAGAGCGAGGGUUUUGAUAUCGAAGAUUUUCCAGGACGGUGCUGGAUACGACUGUCUUCCCCAUGCCAUACUACUUGGAUGAUCCUAAGAAUGUUGACAGGAAACCAGUUAUGAGGUCGAUGACAUUUUGAAGGUGAAUGGAGGUGGUUGUCGUGUCUUUAUUUUCUAUAUUACCUUUUCUGUUAAAAAUGGUGUGCGCGACACUUUUCAAGCAAAGGUGGUGAGAGAUAUAGUCUUCUUGAGUCGAGGGUCUUUUGGAAACAGCCUCUCUACUCUUUCGAAGUACGGGUAAGGUCUGCGUACACACUACCCUCCCCAGACCCCACUAGUGAAAUUUCACUGGGUUGUUGUUGUUGUUGUAUCAUCAUGCCAAAGGCUAAGGCUGUUUAUGUCUUAGCUUGACAUGGGCUGAUGGCGCUUCGUAACGGCUUGUAUGGAGUUCAGCGGCUCUCUAAGGUUCGAUGUACUAGUACCUGCCACCAAAACAUCGCGAAUGAUUCAGUGAACGUAUUGAAACUGCAAUCAGAACUGUUGGACUUCCUUUUUUUCUUCUGAUGUUUUCAGCAUGUUAAUAUUUCUAUUGGGGUUUUGGUGGAACCAUAUAUUUAUAAGUUAUUAGGCUGAAACUUUGGGAUUGUUAACUUUCUCUUAUGCUUAUGUUGUUUGAUCAUCA